AUGAAGUUACUCAGCAACAGCGGAUCUGUGUCAAACACAUUUACAUCUGUUGUCGACCACAUCAUCUCGUCAACCACAUCAUCUCGUCAACCACAUCAUUUCGUCAACCAAUCAUGUCGUCAACCACACCAUCUCUUCAACCGCAUCAUCUCUUCAACCACACCAUCUUUUCAACCACAUCAUCACUUCAACCACAUCAUCUCGUCAACCACAUCACCUCUUCAACCACAUCAUCUCGUCAACCACAUAAUCUCUUCAACCACAUCAUCUCGUCAACCAAAUAAUCUCGUCAACCACACCAUCUCUUCAACCACACCAUCUCUUCAACCACAACAUCUCUUCAACCACAUCAUCUCGUCAACCACAUCAUCUCGUCAACCACAUCAUCUCUUUAACCACAUCAUCUCGUCAACCACAUCAUCUCGUCAACCACACCAUCUCUUCAACCACACCAUCUCUUCACCCACACCAUCUCUUCAACCACAACAUCUCUUCAACCACAUCAUCUCGUCAACCACAUCAUCUCGUCAACCACAUCAUCUCUUCAACACACCAUCUUUUCAACCACAUCAUCACUUCAACCACAUCAUCUCGUCAACCACAUCACCUCUUCAACCACAUCAUCUCGUCAACCACAAAAUCUCUUCAACCACAUCAUCUCGUCAACCACAUAAUCUCUUCAACCACAUCAUCUCGUCAACCACACCAUCUCUUCAACCACACCAUCUCUUCAACCACACCAUCUCUUCAACCACAACAUCUCUUCAACCACAUCAUCUCGUCAACCACAUCAUCUCGUCAACCACAUCAUCUCGUCAACCACACCAUCUCUUCAACCACACCAUCUCUUCAACCACACCAUCUCUUCAACCACAACAUCUCUUCAACCACAUCAUCUCGUCAACAACAUCAUCUCGUCAACCACAUCAUCUCUUCAACCACAUCAUCUCGUCAACCACACAAUCUCUUCAACCACACCAUCUCUUCAACACACCAUCUCUUCAACCACAUCAUCACUUCAACCACAUCAUCCCUUCAACCACAUCAUCUCGUCAACCACAUCAUCUCUUCAACCACAUAAUCUCGUCAACCACAUAA